AUGUCAAAACCUGAAGUGAAUGUUCUCGUAUUUUCCAAAUUCUGCGUCCCCGAGGAUGAAAGCCUCGAGGAUGAGAAAUGGGCCAACUUCUACCGGAUCCUGACGCAGUCCCCCGGCCACUCUCGUUCCAAAUGGGGCCGAAUUAGUGAGUGUCCAAACUACGUGCUCCUCGUUACGAUCUGGGACUCGCCCGAUGCCCUGAGCCAGUUCAAAAACUCAUCUUCAUACCACAUCUAUUGGUCCACUUUAUCUCGGGACUCUUCUAUUCCCCCAGAGGUCUGUGAAGUCGAUAACAGUUUCAUACUGUCAUGGUUCUACAAGCGAUUCAUGGGCAAUAUUUCCAUUGUUACCGCCUAUUUUCCUGUCCCCGAGGCUAGUAACAACCUGGAACGAAUUAACGCCUUCAGCGGCCUCUCUGUUGCUAGAGGUCUGGGUCCUGGAGCCCCGUCACGACGUCUUCCACAGAGACAGAAUCCAAAAGCAUACUGGGUCAAUGAUACCCGAGAUCGAAAUGGCAUUAACCCCAAGAUUUGGGUCUACCUCUGCGUCUCCUAUUGGUACACUCUGAAUAAGGGUUACUAUUUCCCUGACGGUGAAAAGGGUGCUGAGGUGUCCACUUAG